UCGGAGAGAACGCGGUCACACUGCCGUGCAGUUGUCAAAUUAAAAUUUUGAGAUGCUGCCAACAUUUUGCAAAUUCCUGGCCAUUUUCUGCAUCCUGGCGUGGCAGACCCAUGCUACUGGCAACCUGAGUCCCGGGGCGGUCGGCGUCCACCGUCGCUUCGAGUAUAAGUAUUCGUUCAAGCCUCCAUAUCUGGCCCAAAAGGACGGGACCGUGCCGUUUUGGGAGUACGGUGGAAAUGCCAUCGCCAGCUCGGAGAGUGUGCGCGUGGCGCCGUCGCUGCGUUCGCAGAAGGGUGCCAUCUGGACAAAAUCGCAGACCAACUUCGACUGGUGGGAUGUGGAGAUUGUCUUCCGGGUGACGGGCCGCGGCAGGAUCGGAGCCGAUGGCUUGGCCUUCUGGUACACCACCGAGAAGGGCGACUACAAUGGGCCAGUGUUCGGUUCUUCGGACCGCUGGAACGGCUUGGCCAUUAUCUUCGAUUCGUUCGACAAUGAUAACAAGCACAACAAUCCGUACAUCAGCGCCGUGCUGAACGACGGCACCAAGAUGUACGACCAUGCCAACGACGGCACCACCCAGCUGCUGAGCGGCUGCCUGCGUGACUUCCGUAACAAGCCCUUCCCCACGCGAGCGCGCGUCGAAUAUUACAACAACGUGCUCACCGUGCUCAUCCACAACGGGAUGACCAACAACAACGACGACUACGAGCUGUGCCUGCGCGCCGACGGUGUUAAUCUGCCCAAGAACGGCUACUUCGGCAUCUCGGCUGCCACCGGGGGUUUGGCCGACGAUCACGAUGUUUUCCACUUCCUGACCACGUCGCUGCACGCCGCCGGCCAGCUGCAGGAGCCCCCGAAGGUGGACAACCAGGAGAAGCUGACGCAGGAGUACAAGGAGUACCAGGAUAAGCUGGAGAAGCAAAAGCAGGAGUACAAGAAGGAGCAUCCGGACGAGCACAAAGACGAGGAGGAUUGGGAAGAGUUCUACGAGUCGGAGAACCAGCGAGAGCUUCGACAGAUCUGGCAGGGUCAGAGCCAGAUCGCCGAUCAUCUGCGCGAGCUGUCGCGCAAAGUGGACGAAAUUAUUGGCCGCCAGGAGACCACCUUAUCGCUUGUCUCACGCAACGCUGGACAGGCUGUGCCGCAACCGCCGGCUGCUGGCGGAGUGCAGCAACAAUUGCCAGUGGGAGCUGUCAGCAGGUCCGAUGUGGAUCUUCUGCUGACAAACCAGAAUGUGCUGCUCUCUUCGAUCCGCGAGAUUCGCCAGCUGGUGGGCGAUAUCAAUGUGCGCACUGAUAACAUUCAAACGAAUCAGAAGCACGCGCCCACAGCCCAAAUCCAGUCCACCGGCUAUGAUGUGCAAACGCUCAUAGCCGAGAUGCGCGACGGCAUGAACCAGGUCAAGCAGGGCAUCAGUCACGUGGGCCAGAGAUUGGGAGCGCCACAGGGCGCAGCGCAGGUGGCCAAUUGUCCCACUGGCAACUGCGUGGGCGUUACUUUGUUCCUAAGCGUAACCGUGGUGCAAUUGCUGCUAGUAUUUAUCUACAACAUCUUCAAAAACCGCAGCGAAGCACAAGCGAAAAAAUUCUAUUAGGCAAGAGAAAUAGCGCCAUUCGGAGAUCAUAGCCAGGAACAAGCAAGCACACAAGCAUACACCAUCACACAACAUCCACACACCUGACUCUAGGCAGCAACUAAGUUUAGAUGAAAUGAAGGAUUAAGACUACUUCGUAGCAUGUGUACACCGAUGGAUUUUUUAUCGACGUUUUGUUUGAUCAGUCAGAUCCCGAAUCUAAAUUAAAUUCGUUACUUAAUUAAAAAGGAAAGCACAAGAAACAAGAAAUUUGAACAAUGAAUAAGCCUCAUGACAAUGCCACGCAAUACAAACAAGAAAAGAUACGAAGCCACAAGACAAACUUCCCUCUAGUAAUAGCCAGAUGAUGUUUUUUUAUCGUUGUAGCUCGUCAAGUUUAAAUUUCCACUCCAUUCUCUCAACUCUGCAUAUCAGCAGGCAUAUUUCUAUAUACAAACAAAAACAAAAAAAAUCAUAAAAAUCGUAAAACAAAUUAAAAAUGUGAAAAUUCCGUAAAUAUAGUAAAUUUUCUAUAAUAAAACUUAUACCUUAGGGUUGAGUGAACUGAACAAUUGGUAAAAGAAAUAGAAAUCUUAAAAUUUUCACGCGCUAUCUUGACUCCCAACAGAAAGCGAUUAGCCAGCUUUUGUUGUUAUUUAGCCUGAAAGUGAAUUUAUGUAAGAAUAAUGAUGAUGAUGGAACUCUGUCUCACUAGGUUUUUGUUCGAUGCAAGGAGGUUUUUAUACUGAAUAAUCUUAAUAUACCUACUGAUAAAUUAUAAAACAAUUGAA